AUGGAGAUAGCGACAUGUUCAAAGUUUUACAGUCCUAAAGGUAAUUUUUAAAAGGCAUUCAUAAAUUUGAAAAGAAAUAAUCCAAAAACUUUCAAAACAUUAAUUCAUGAUCAGAUUUAGAAAAUUGAUUCUCAAAAAAUAAUACAAGAUUACAAAGAGAAAAGUAGACAACGCUAAUAAACUACUAGAUUUUUAAGAUCUCGCUAAUAAGCAUCUUAAAAUUGUCUAUAAAGUAUUGUGAUUGAUAGCUUUGAGAAAAAAAAUUUCUUAUCUUCGCCAACAUCCCCUGCAUCUCCUCGACAUAAUUCUGUGACAGGAGAAAAGUCUAUGAACUUCAAUACCACAUAUAUUUAAAAAAGAAGAUAAAUGUAAUAAAUCGAAAAUUUGUUUACAGAAUAAAUUAAUAACCAAAAUAGAAAUUCCCUGCUUGAAUAAACGGAAAGAUUCAUUGCCGAUACUCUGUCAUAGGAAUUUCGAGAAUUAGGAUCAUUAUUUAAUAAAUUUAUGUAAGCUAAAAAUACUGAAUUAAAUGAGUAACAAAUAGAUUUAAAUAUUAAUGAGAGAAAAUUCGAAAUUGAAAAACAAGAGGAAAUUCAUCGAAUUGAUAGGAAUUUUAAUUCGAAAAAGGUUUAAUAUGAAAUACAAAUUUACAAUCUUAAUUAAGAAGUCGCUCAACUGUAAUCUAAAAUCAAAGAUAUAGAAACUAACUUCAUUAUAAUAGUUGAUAAGAAUAAUCAAUUAACCAAAAAGUUAACCUUAAAAACAAAAGAAACCAAUUUAAAACAUUAAUAAAUACUAAAAUUGCAAGAAGAUAAAAAUUAUCUUAUUCGAAAAAUAAAGAUUUUAAAUGCUAGAAACAAACAAACCUUUGGGAACUCACAAAGAGAAGAAGGUCAAGAUGAUUUGGAUAGCAUUAAGCGAUCGGUAGAUUCGUUAUAGAACUCUCAAAAUUUAGAAAAACUCAUGAUGAUUAAGUCUGAUUCCUUCUCUUUAGAUAACUAUUCAGAUAGCAUAGAUAUGGGUGAAUAUCGAUUAGAUGAAGUUAUUUUGAAUCAUGAUACAAUAAUUGAAUAUCGAUCUAAAGAAACUUAGACUACAUUUGAAUUGAUGAGUGAUCUAUUUUCAAUGUCAGAGACUCAAACACAUAUUUCCUUGAUGGAUAGAAGAUAUGAUGUUAUUAAUUUAGACUACAUUGAUAAUACUCUACAUUAUAUAGAUUUUUUCCUUUCAUUAAAUGAUGAAAUCCAUACUGACAAUCCAUUUAAAUCAAGUUAAGAAUAUAACCAAAACCUUUAUGAAAAUUAAUAUAAUUCAAUGAUGAUAUCCUAAUAGCCAGCUUCUACUUUUAAUAUACUCGAUAAAAGCUCCUCUUCAAAUAGAAAUGAUUUAAUAUCUUUCAUGAAAUAUUUACACGAAAGAUAAUUGGAAAUCGAUAAAAUAUCAGCAUUCUAAAAAUAAGAAAUUACUGAAUUGAAUUCAUAAUUGAUUCAAAUGCUCAAAGACAAGGUUUAAAUCAGAGAGGAAAACUAAUAAUUAAAAAAUGAAAUUUAAGAACUAUUAAAAAAAUUAGAGUUAUUAGAAAAUUAAAGUAAUUUCUAAAGACCUCUUGAGAUGUUGUCAGAUACUGAAAUUUAAAUAGAUGAGACUAUGUUAAAGAAAAAUUAAAGUAAACAAGGAAGAAAAAUUAGAAAAAUUAGAAAUCUUGGUAGCAAAAUUUCAAUAUCUUAUGAAUUUCAAAGAAAUCAAUCUAGAUUACUAAUAGAAAAGGUAAAAAAUAAAAAUCCAUAAAAAUUCACAAACUAUAUGCCCAUCAAAUUAGUCCUUAAAUUUAUUUAUACAAUUUAUUAAGAUAAAAUAUAUAAUCAAAGAGAAAAUAAACUAUUAAGAGACUAGGAUAUGGCUUCAUACAUCUAUAACUAUUUUUUAUAGUAGUUUGGAUAUACUAGAAUUACUGAGCAAAGAUUCUUAAUUCUGAUAUUAUCAAUAAAAAAAUAUUUAAGUAUCAUAAGAGUCAACAUAUUUGCCAAAUUCUUAGGAUUAUUGGAAGAUAAAGUAAAUUAUACAGUAGAGGAAUAAUAGAAAUAUCUCUAAGCACAUGAGUUUAUCCAAAAUUAACAUUAGCUAGGGGUUUAAGUUAAAGAAAAUGAGUAUAACCUAAAGUUCUAUGUUCCUUAUCUUAGGGCUCUUGCUUAUGUUUCAAGUCUAUAAAACUGGUAUUUUUCUGGAGAAGAAAUGAACUAUUUGAAAUAGGAAAUAGAAUAGUUGAAAGAGUCAGACGAUAAGAAUAAAAGUGGAAUUAUCGAUUUCGAUUAAAUGAUGCUCAGAGUGUUAGUAGUAUUUAGGAAUAAUAUUGAAAAAACUAAAUUAUAUGUUAUUAAUGCAUUUAAUGCUUGUGAUUUAGAUGGCAAUGGGUUUGUAGAUGCUCAUGAAUGGAUCUUAUUGAAUAAAUAUAUAGAACCUUAGAAAUAUGAUGAAACUAAACUUAUAGAAAUAUUUGAAGAAGCAGCUGACAUGUAAUUAGAUGAAGAGAAAUAUCUAUCAUUUGAUAGAUUUUCAAUCUUAUGCAUGGAAUCAGAACUUUUCAAUGAUGAAUAAUAAAAUAAAUUUUUAAAAGUUCGAAACAAUUCUGAAGUUGAAUAAAAAUUUUUUGAAUUAAGAAAGGGAUGGCUCAAUGAAUAUGUCUAAACAUUGAAUAGUAUCAAAAAAAAUCAAAAAUUAGAAGAUGAAGAAUAAAAGCAUUGGAUUUAAAUACUAAACAUCUUAAAUGAGAAAAUAUUACUCAAUCCUUAAUAAAGUAAACCUUUAAUUAUUUCCUUUAAAAUUCUUUAAGGGGAGAUUUACUAAAAAAAUAUAAAUUGA